CUUCCUCCUGCUCUGGAGCGCUGUUCUCAUCAUGUACCCCACCAGCCUGGCUGUCAUCUCCAUGACCUUCUCCAACUACGUGCUGCAGGCGGUGUUCCCCAACUGCAUCCCCCCUGCCGCCGCCUCCCGAGUGCUUUCCAUGGCUUGCCUGAUGCUCCUGACGUGGGUGAACAGCUCCAGCGUGCGCUGGGCCACACGCAUCCAGGACGUGUUCACGGGCGGGAAGCUGCUGGCCCUGUCUCUCAUCAUCAGCGUGGGCUUUGUCCAGAUCUUCCGAGGACAGUUCGAGGAGCUGGUACCCAGCAACGCCUUCGCCUUCUGGAUGACGCCCUCCGUGGGUCACCUGGCCCUGGCCUUCCUCCAGGGCUCCUUUGCCUUCAGCGGCUGGAACUUCCUCAACUAUGUCACGGAGGAGAUGGUUGACCCCCGAAAGAACCUACCUCGCGCCAUUUUCAUCUCCAUCCCGCUGGUGACCUUUGUGUACACGUUCACCAACGUCGCCUACUUCACGGCCAUGUCGCCCCAGGAGCUGCUGUCCUCCAACGCCGUGGCUGUGACCUUCGGGGAGAAGCUGCUGGGCUACUUUUCUUGGGUCAUGCCUGUCUCCGUGGCACUCUCCACUUUUGGAGGGAUCAAUGGCUACCUGUUCACCUCCUCCAGGCUGUGCUUCUCUGGAGCCCGAGAGGGGCAUCUGCCCAGCCUGCUGGCCAUGAUCCACGUCAGACGCUGCACCCCUAUCCCUGCCCUCCUCGUCUGUUGCGGGGCCACGGCCGUCAUCAUGCUCGUGGGCGACACAUACACGCUUAUCAACUACGUCUCCUUCAUCAACUACCUCUGCUACGGUGUCACCAUCCUGGGCCUGCUCGUGCUGCGCUGGAGGCGGCCAGCGCUCCACAGGCCCGUCAAGGUGAACCUUCUCAUCCCCGUCGCUUACUUGGUCUUCUGGGCGUUCCUGCUGGUCUUCAGCUUCAUCUCGGAGCCCAUGGUCUGCGGGGUCGGCGUGAUCAUCAUCCUCACAGGGGUGCCCAUCUUCUUCCUGGGAGUGUUCUGGAGAAGCAAGCCGAAGUGUGUCCACAGACUCACAGAGUCCGUGACACACUGGGGCCAGGAGCUGUGUUUCGUGGUCUACCCCCAGGACUCCCCUGAGGAGGAGGAAAACGGCCCCUGCCAACCCUGCCCACUGCCCGCCACGGACAAGCCCUUGAAGGCACAAUGAGACAUUUGUAGAGACUGAAGCAGCUGUUUCUGUUUACAUGUUGUUUAUUGAGGAGGUGUUUUUGCAAAAAAGUUUUGGUUUUUUUUUUCUGGAAAAAAAAAAAAGAUACGACUCUUAGAGGCCUGUUGUAAGGAAGCCCUGAAGGUGUGGUCUGGGUUUCCUGUCUUAGCACUGCCCUGCUAGCUUUUCCUGAAAAGGCCUAUAAAUAAACAGGGCUGGUUGUUCACGUGUGCUCAGGGACUCCCUGGUGGAAGCAGGCAGGGGCGGCGGGGGCGUGCCUCAGUGGGGCACACAUGUUGCUGGCGGGGCGGUGCCACGGCAGACUCUCCAGGAGAUUCUUGGCAUUUGGGGGCUUUGCUGCUUGACCCAGGCACUCCCUCCCGUGCAGACCAGAGUCCCCUUGCCCCGAAGGGACGUCAAGGAUGGGGAAAAGCUCGGCCCACCCCUCACCCCGGCCCUCAAUGCCAGCCACCCAG